AUGGCUUUCUCCCGAGCCCAAGGCCUUCCCGGGCCUGUUCGAUUUGUUCUCGACGUCGCCACUCGCCGAAACGAGUAUGCCAAAUUCAUCCCCCCGCUGCUCUGGCUUGGUGAUGCGCUGCUCACCUGCCUGGUCAUUUGGAAGGUCCCUUAUACCGAGAUCGACUGGGUCGCGUACAUGGAGCAGGUGUCCCAGUAUGUCAAUGGCGAACGAGACUACACAAAGAUGGAGGGAGGCACAGGGCCCCUCGUCUACCCAGCAGCACACCUGUACACAUACACCGGUCUUUACUACCUGACGGGUGAGGGGAAGAAUAUUCUCCUUGCCCAGCAGCUGUUCGCUGUACUGUACAUGGCCACCCUGGCGGUAGUCAUGCUAUGCUACUGGCAAGCCAAGGCCCCGCCGUACGUCUUCCCGCUCCUGAUCCUAUCCAAACGACUGCAUAGCGUCUUCGUUCUCCGUUGCUUCAACGACUGCUUCGCUGCCUUCUUCCUCUUUCUCGCCAUAUUCCUCUUCCAGCGCAGGUCGUGGACGUUCGGUGCGAUGGUGUUUACGUGGGGAUUGGGUAUAAAGAUGUCGCUCCUCCUCACACUCCCAGCUGUGGUCAUCCUUCUGUUCCUGGGACGAGGGUUCUGGCCUUGCUUGCGGGUGCUUUGGCUGAUGGCACAGGUCCAGUUGGCGAUCGCGAUUCCUUUCCUCCCCGCCAACGCUAAGGGCUACCUGGGACGAGCGUUCGAGCUGUCCCGCCAGUUCAAGUUCGAGUGGACCGUCAACUGGCGCAUGCUGGGUGAAGAAGUCUUCCUUAGCCGGCCGUUUGCGCUCGCUCUGUUGGGGUGCCAUGUUGUGUUCCUGCUCAUCUUCAUCACCGUCAAGUGGCUGCAGCCAGCCGACCGCCCGCUUCUGGGCAUGAUAUUGUCUGUUAUACAGCUCAAGCCCCCAUUCACGCCGCCAGAGGAGCGACGUGUGUCGCUCAAGGUCACCCCGGAGUUUGUCAUGACCACAAUGCUGUCCGCCAAUGUAGUUGGCUUGCUAUUCGCCCGAUCGCUGCACUACCAGUUCUAUGCCUAUUUGGCUUGGUCCACGCCCUAUCUCAUCUGGCGGUUUUGGUCAAAUCCCUUGGUCGUGUAUGGCGUUUGGCUGGCCCAGGAGUGGGCAUGGAACGUCUUUCCCAGCACCCCCAUCAGCUCGGCAGUUGUUGUCAACGUGCUGGGUCUCACUGUCCUCGCAGCUUACUUUAGCUCGUCAGAGGACGAGAGAGCUGCCCAAGCAGAGGUGUCGUCUUCUGAGCCAAAGAAGACAAAAUAA